CGCUUUUGUCGUCCACCGUAUUGGGAGCUGCCAGUCCAGAGUCUGUAGUAAAGUCAGUGGCUUGGGCUGAUUGCCGAGAGCAAGUCCGCCGCAAACCCCGCAAAACCUGAAAGAGGUUAAAGCCUACAACACAUCCGAGGCUUUAUAUAUGUACGCUUGUCUUCGGUCGGUCGGCUUCUUCGCUUCUUGCAUUUUCAGUUCUUUUUAUUCUCUAAUUGGCAAAGAAUCACCACUGUACAAUUCUUGAAAAAAUGCCUGCUUCUCCAAAGAUUACCCUCUAUGUGGACCUGGUGAGCCCAUUCGGCUAUGUCGCGUACCACCUGUUGCGCGUACGUUUUGCACGGUUGGCCAUUUUUACACCUCAUUGAGAGGCAGCCCAAAGAGAGACAAUCCAGCUGACUUGUGGAACUAUAUGCAGAAUGACCCUGUGUUCAAGAGCUGCGAAGUCACCUAUAUCCCCAUCUUCCUGGGUGGAUUGAUGAAGGCCUGUGGCAACACCGCCCCCAUCAACAUCACCAACAAGAACUUCUGGAUCGACAGAGAGAGACGCCUGUGGGCCAACAUGUUCAACAUACCCAUGAAGGAUGACAUCCCGGCGGGCUUCCCCAUCAUGACUCUUAACCUGAUGCGUCACCUCGCCGCUCUGCGUGACCUCGACGGCAACCAGACACGCAUGGUUGAGCUGAUUGAUGUUCUGUCCAACGAGCUCUGGGCUAAGCACACUGAGAUCCACAAGCCUGAGGUCUUCCAGCCCAUCCUGCAACGUGCUCUGGGCGCCACAGACUACGCCAAGCUGGUGGAGGCCGUUCCGACAAAGGGCAAGUCGCUGCUCAUGGCCAAUACAGACAAGGCGUUUGCCGACCAGGCAUUUGGGUUGCCGUGGCUCGUAUGCACAAAUGCAAAGGGUGAGACGCAGACAUUCUGGGGCGUGGACCACUUGGGUGUCGCGGCAUCAUUCAUGGGCCUUGAGAAGCCGUCUGCAGGCCCAUGGAAAUCGGUUCUGUAAAAAUACAGGAGGGAGGAGACUUGAAUUUACAAAUAUUUAAUUUUACAUGAUAUUUUUCUCUAAUUAGACGUGAUGCAAGCUGCUUUUGAGAUGGACUGUAUUAUGUGAAAAAGGACAAAAGCCCGACGUGGUCGUGUCGGCAUGGACGUGAUGUCUCGCUGUAGUUAAGGCACGCUUGCCCGAGUGUCGGCGACCAGUGAGGAUAAGACAGCCCCCACUGCCGCGACAAGGGUUCGCGUUCCAGGCGAUCUCAAAAGCCGCUGUUAGAUGUGAUUAGUGUUUAUUUACUGCGCGUCGCGUCUUGGUUUCUUAGUGAUCAUAUCAAGACGGCGCAGAUGCAGGAGAAAGUGAUGUUCACGGCGAAGACAAAUUGAUGU